AUGGAAGAUGCCAAUGUAGCUGGGAAAAUAGUGAAGGCCUUCAAAGAAUGGGGAUGCUUCAGGUUGGUCAACCACGGCGUCGCACCGGAGCUGAUGGCGGAGAUGAUGGAGGUGGCGCGUGCUCUCACGGCGGAUCUCCCCAUGGAGAUGAAGAUGAGGACUACCGACCCUCUUUACCCUCCCAGAGAGGUGUUGGAAAAGUACACGUUGAGACUUCACGAGCUGACACAGUUUCUGGGGAGAAAGCUGAUGGAGGGGUUGGGUAUGGAAGGGGAUUUAUUCAAAAACUACGCAUGCUUGUUAAAAAUCAACAAAUACAGUCAUGGGCCUGAAACUGUGGGAUUGACAAGCGGGAAUAUUCAUACAGAUCCUGGGUUUAUCACCUUAUUGCAGGAUGAUGAUGCCGUCAAUGGCCUUGAGGUCAUGGACAAGAUUACCGGAGAAUUUAUUCCGCUCGAUCACAUCCCAGGAUCUCUAGUUAUUAAUCUCGGAGAUGCUGCUGAGGUUUGGAGCAACGGAAGGUUUUACAUACCAAAACAUCGAGUGCAGUGUCGUGUGCCGACAGUUCGUAGAUCCAUAGGUUAUUUUGGAUUGGCUCCGAGAGAUGGGAAACUGGAAACGCCACCGGAGAUGGUGGAUUCCGACCACCCAUGCCGCUAUGCCCCAUUCGACUUCGAAGAGUACAGAGAAUCAACACGUUUGGGUAAUGGAGAAGUUCUUCAGCUUUUUCUCUCCAAGAGUUCGUGA